AUGAAGCUCUGUGUCUGCCUCGUGUUGCUCUCCAUUAUUGCAUGUGCAAGUGCUGACAACCCAUUAUACAGAGGUGGAAAAUUUGUGUGGGAUGCUGUGGGAGGGGCAUGGGAUAUGCUCAGAGCAUACAGAGACAUGCGUGAGGCAAAUUAUAUAGGAGCGGAUAAAUAUUUCCAUGCUCGUGGGAAUUACGAUGCUGCCCAAAGAGGCCCUGGUGGUGCUUGGGCUGCCAAAGUGAUCAGUGACGCCCGGGAAAGCUGGCAGAGCGACACGAGCGGCCGCGGCGCUGAAGACACACGGGCCGACCAAGAGGCCAACGAGUGGGGCAGGAGCGGCAAGGACCCCAACCACUACCGCCCCGCCGGCCUCCCCUCCAAAUACUAGCGCGGCCCCCCGCCACCCCCUCCCGUGCGGCCUGAAUAAAGACACG